AUGGAAAAUGCGAGACGUGUAGAAGGCGGAAGAUCAAGCAUCAAACGCCGGCCAUGCCGUUAUCCAGUCGUGGAUUCAACAUUCGUCUCGCAGGACGAUAUUCAGCCGAAGACAAGCGAUAUCCUCAUAGGUGAUAUAGACAUACCAGUUCGCACCGCCACAAAAGGGGCAAGGCUGAAGUGCAAGCGCCACAAGAGAGCUGCCGUGGGCGAAGGGGAAUCCCUGACAUUCGAUUCGGCAAGGCUGCUUUCACUGCCGCCUCCUCUGCUAUGCCCCCAGACCGAGCACGUUGCGAGAGGAGUGUCUGUGUUUGGCUAUAAAGCUCUGCAGCUCAACCCUUUUGGCAUCUGGGUAAAGUUCGCAUGGUCUUCCAAUCCUGGCGAUAACGCAUCCUUGGAACUCGCGUCCCAAUACGCCCUCGAAAGCAUGCUCACAUUCCAAAGUGGACAUGAUCAGCAUAGCCUUAGGCGAGUGAGACAGACCGGGAUAAUGGCCAUCAAGAGCCUGCAAUCGGACAUAGAGUCUUGUACGAGUGACGAACAGAAGCAGAGACUGCUUGUGGCAGUGAUGCUGCAUUGGUCUGCAGAACGCUUUAUCGAGCACGGGUCUUGGCGGCAUAUUCCUCAUCUAUUAGGAGCUCGUAAGCUGCUCGAAGGAAACUUGGCGACUCAAACCAAGAAUCAGGUGGUCCAGAGUAUCGUCAGCAUGAUAUGCGUCGAUGAGGUGAGAGAAGCUUCUGAUAUUAUCUCGUCCAUCCUCUGGGGCCAGGUCUCUCCCCUCGAAAAUGUCGUUAGGCCACACGUCUCUCUCGAUGGGCCUCCAGACGUAAGCAAAGCUUUGUGCUUGGUCGAAGAGCUUCUCAUCAAACUUCCGCGACUCGUUCUCGGAGUGAGAACAUUACGGGAAAAUCCAGAUGACCUCGAGCUCAUGACAGAUGUUGUUGAGCUAGCCGAACAGCUGUAUACCACAGAGGCGGACUUCUGGAUCCAAGACGUUGUUGAAGCUAACAGCUCCGUUAUCGAUCGCCUGGAGGAACGAUAUACCUCUCCGUUAGGCAUGGCGAUGGAAUUCGAUUCAAUAGAAGCCUUCCAACUUGCUACCAGAUACUUCUUAUACCGACUCCUUAUCUGCAGCAUAGUUCAGGCGGUGAUGACAGCUCACAAAGUCAGCGGAGUCUUCUUUCCUGACCGGGACGUGUCAGAUGCCGAGCAAGGGGAGAUUUCGGCGGCGACGUCAUUAGCUAUGUCUAUCGAUUACGCUAUGAGGCCAGGGCCUUCGCAGCCGCUCACUGCUCUGAACAUGCUUCUCCCGAUACAAGUGUGCGUCGCGUCGUGGUACCGUCUGCAAGGUCGACAUUCUGGUUCGAACGACUUAUUGUAUCGACACGCAGUCCGAAUGACCGAAUGGAGCAGCGAACAAACGAUCCGUAUCAAGAAGAUAUGGCGAGGCAGGUGGCAGUCGUGGGCGAGGACACAGUCUCUUUGCGGCAUUUUCGUCGGCGAUCCCCUGCCUGAAGGAUGGAAAUUGCUGAGUAGCGUUGCUCGACUUCCUCCUGCUCGACCUCUCGCGGGUGACAUCAAGUACAGCAGAGCGCAAAGAGUCCUCGAGAGCACAAGCAGUAUCUUCCUGCGGCAUCUCUUUUCGGUACUCGCAAAGCCAUCUAUUCGCGCAGGCGGCGACAUCGUCAAGAAAGUGACUGGGAUGUUCGCCGUCGCCAAUGUUCAGUGUGACGGAGGCAAGCUGAUAUCGAGACUGCUCUGUUGCGACAUGAUUGGCGAAAAUCGUGGUCUCAGGGCUCUCAUGGGAAUGAUAAGCUCCAAAAGACCGGUCUCUGGUACAAUUUGCAAGACGUGGGCAGUCGUUGCAAAUUGGCCGAGAAUAGGAAUGACAGAUGGAUGCUGGGCCUUGCGAGACCCACUGAAGAGAUCUCUCAAACUAGAAAGCAUACUGCCGUUCGCCAUGGCAAGUGUUUGA